AAAUAUGUCUAGUUCAUAGUUGUCUGUAUCAUUUUACGAUAAGGAACAGAGAGUCAAACGUUGUCUAUCAAACAAAGCAAUAGAACAAUUAUAUAUAUAUUUAAAAUUAUGUUCUUUAACCACAUUAUGAUGUUAGAAGCUGUUAUCGUCUGCGCAAUUUUUGUUCAGAACACGUGGAGCGUUCCGAUCCAUAAACAACCGGGGUCGAGUUUGCAAGAAGAUUUGGAAAGGCAUAAACGGUCAGAUUACACCGUUGAGUUUAAAAUGAAUAGUGAAUCACAUCAAAACUUAAAGGAAAAUAAAACCUUAAACGAAAUUGCCGAUGCCAGUGUGCAGGACUUUAAUAACGAUCUUGUAUGUCCAGAUGAAGUUUCAACAAGAGCAUCCGACCCGGUACACAAAAGGUCAAGUUGUCCCUGGUACUACAAAGUAACACAUGAACCAAGGAGAUGGCCAGUUACCAUUAUUGAGGCAGAAUCACUCUGUCCCUAUGCCAUUGGUUCAAACAAAGGAUUAGAGUGCACUCCAGUGACACAGGCCAUGUCUGUGCUGAUUCAGGACACUCAAAAAGACUCACAGGGGUUGUACGUAUGGAAGCAGAAAACUAUUCAAAUCGCUGUAGGCUUUACAGCAUCUGGUAGACGUAUUGCUGAAAGCCAAACGCCUUCACCUACCACAGUCGCACCAAAUGAUGAGCCAGUAUGGGCCAAAUAAGAUAUUUGGGAUUACGACAGUACAUCAUUGCCAGUAAGGCAUUUUGUCCAAGUUUAUGGACAUAUAUGUUGGGCCAUACUGGCUCCCUAUGAUAAUAAUGACACAGUGUAAGGUUGUACAAUACUUUAUUUAGAUUUAUAGAAACAAAUGUGUUCAGAGACUUUUUCUUUUACAAUAUAGUUAAAGUUCAUAGCAUUAUGGUACAUGUGAUGUUUAACAUUUUUAUUCUUAUAAUAUUUUACAUAUAUACAUUUAUACACCCUUAUUUCGCUCGUUUGAUAUUUAUGCAUUUAUUAUAAAUGAUGUGCAUUUUCUCUCUUUAAAGAGUGGAGAAUAUUACUUGUGGUUUUAUUUUAUAAUGAUAACAAUUAUUAUUAUCAUUAUUAAUGUUAUCAUUAUUGCAUUUCUUAUACAUUUAUUCUACAAAAGCUGAGGCACUCAGAACAAAUUUCAAAUUAAUUUACACUUUGAACAUAUCAAUCAUUCCUACUUUAUUGGGGUUUUUAAUUGACUUUUUUAUAUAAAUUAUUUUUAUUUCAUUUAAUCCUAUCUUUUUGAUUUUUUUUUAUUAUUUAUUUAUUUAUUUAUUUUGGAGGGGGACUAUUUAAGGACGAAUAAGUGUUAAAUUGUAAGGAUGUCAGUUAUUUAUUUGCGUAAUUCCUAUUGCUAGAAAGUGUACGGGUUAUUGUCAUUUAUUUGCGUUUUUUUAUUAUUAUUUAUUUGCUAGAAGUACAGUAUUUAACGAUGUGCGUUUAGUUUUUGUCGGUAUCUUGAUCUUUAAAAAAUAUACUGUUACAUGUGCAAUACAUAUUUUCUUAUUUAUGUUUUACAAGUUUUUGUAUUUACAAUUUACUUUAUUUGUUAGAUUUAUUUAUUUAUUUUUAAUGUUAAGUUUGAAAUAAAAAAAAAUGAUUUAAAUGUUU